AUGCUGCCCAAGAAGGGUGGUGGCCCCUCUAAGGGGAAGCAGCCUGCUAAGAGGCUUGCACCGAGGAACCCUCCUCCAACUCUGUCAUCAUCGGACGAGGAUGACGGCCUGAGUAGACAGGAACUUAUGGAGCGCCGUAUGGCUCUCGAGAGGGAAAAAGGGGGCUUGGUGCCUGCUGUGAUGCCCGCUCAGCUGCGUAGGGGUGCCAAACGGGUAGCUAAGGUGGGUUUUAACAAGGAUUUUGCUUCUUGCCUUUCUGCCCUUGAGCAACUAUCAGGUGUAGCAGCAAGUGAUGGUGGCGGAGCCCUGGAACAACCGACCACACUGGAGGGUGUGGCUGACGGUGGCCAGGAAUGGCAGGUGGACAGUGGGCACGUUGCCAUCACGGUGGAACCACCAAUACCCAAGGGUUUAACCUCUUAUGUGGCUCAAGGAUACGGCAUGGUCCCUUAUAGGGCAUUGCCCCCGGGGGAUACUGCCUUGCCGCUAGGAGAUCAUCUGACACAGGCCACUCGGGAGAAAAUUAUCAGGGGGGGCUCGGUGUAUGAUGGCAUCCCCGAUGAACUCUGCACAGUGCACUACACUUCCUUUGAGAAAGUGGUCACGGUUGUGCGUCGGUGCGGGGUGGGAGCUGAGAUGGCAAACAUGGCACCUAAAAAUUAUCAACAAGCCCUGGCCUUGAUAUUUGCCAUUGAUGAGAUUAAUAAAAAUCCUAGACUCUUGCCCAAUGUCACUUUAGGAUUUGGUAUCUAUGAUAACCAAUUUAUCGCAAGUUGCACUUAUGAGGCUGUUGUGGAUAUGUUGUUUGCUCAGCAAAGGAAAUCUCUCAAUUUUAAAUGUCACUUAAAUAAGGAUGUGUUGAUUGUCAUCGGGGGGUACAGUGUUGAAACCAUCUCGCAGAUGGCCACUAUCCUGAGUAUUUACAAGUUUCCACAGCUCCACUCUUUCCUAAAAAAUGCCCACUUUAACAACAGUGUAAGAGAAGAACUCCAGUUUGAAAAUGGGGAGUUGUUGACUGGAUAUGAUAUCAUUAAUUGGGUCACCUUCCCCAAUCAAUCCUUCCUUAAAGUCCAGGUUGGAACAAUGUCACCAGGCCAAGAGUUUAGUAUCAAUGAGGAUUCCAUUGUGUGGAAUACCAGAUUUCAGCAGGUACCGCCCUCUUCUGUAUGUGUAGAAAGCUGCCAUCUUGGAUACAGCAAGAUAGUACUGGAGGGAAAAGAUUUUUGUUGCUAUGGCUGUGAUAGAUGUCCAGAAGAUACGAUUUCUUCUCAGACGGAUGCAGUCUAUUGUGACAUAUGCCCCGAAGAUCAGUAUUCAAAUAAGAAUCGAGACCAAUGUAUCCCAAAGCUUCAAACCUUCCUAAGCUAUGAAGAACCUCUAGGCCUCAUUUUGGUCUCUCUUGCUAUUUUAUUUGCUACAAUCACAGGACUGGCCAUGUGUACUUUUCUGAAGAAUCGGAAUACUCCUAUCGUCAAAGCCAAUAAUCGGAACCUCACCUGUGUUCUUCUCUGUUCUAUUCUACUUUGCUACAUGUCUUCCCUGCUGUUCAUUGGGAAGCCUGGAAAGAUGACCUGCCUUUUCCGGCAAAUGGCUUUUGGCAUUAUGUUUAGUGUCUCAGUGUCUUGUAUGUUGGCCAAAACCAUCAUGGUGGUCUUGGCCUUCAUGGCUACAAAGCCAGGCAACAGGGUGAGGAAAUGGUUGGGGAUGAAAGUAGCAAACUCCAUUGUUCUUUCCUGCUCCCUCCUUCAAGUAGGUGUUUGUAUUGCAUGGCUUUGGACCUCUCCUCCUUUCCCAGAAGCUGACAUGCAUUCAGAGGCUGGGCAAAUCAUAAUAGGGUGCAAUGAAGGAUCUGUCUCCUUGUUCUACUGUACACUGGGCUACACUGGGUUUCUCGCCCUCAUUAGCUUCAUUGUAGCCUUUCCAGCCAGAAAACUGCCAGAUACUUUUAAUGAAGCCAAAUUCAUCACCUUCAGUAUGCUGGUGUUUUGCAGUGUUUGGAUCUCCUUUAUUCCAGCAUACCUGAGCACUAAGGGGAAAAUGAUAGUUGCUGUGGAAGUCUUUGCUAUCUUGGCCUCCAACACUGGAAUACUGGCUUGCAUCUUUCUCCCCAAAUGCUACAUUCUUGUUCUAAGACCUGACCUCAACUCCAAGAAGCUGCUAACAGAGAAAAGGAAUUAA